AUGGCGUCGAGAAGUAAGACGACGGCCCGGACCGCGGGAACGUCCUGGUCUUUUCAGGAAUUUCGGACAUUUUUGGCACUUGCCCUGAUAGGUUUCGCGAACACGAUCCUACCAUCCAUUAUUCACGCCGCCAACUACCUCAUCAUCCCUUUCCCUCGCCACAUCGUCAUCCUCAUCGAGGUCGCACCGGUGCUCCUAACCAAGCUGGCGCUGCCUUUUGUGAUCCAUCGCAUCCCAUGCCGAAUCCGACCACUCCUCGUCGCGGUGGUUUGGAUCAUCAUCAAAAGAAUCGCAGAUGACACGCCACCAAACGUGCCUCCACCAUUGCGCAUCGCCACAACCAUUAUCGCAUCUACUGCAUCAGCGGCGAUGGAAAUCUCCUGCCUGGAAAUGAUUGGGCACGCCGGUCUUCCGGGGCUGACUGGGUGGGGCUUCGGCACCGGCGCGGGGCUGCUCGAGAACGCCGUGUGGCCGUUCCUUCUGACUUACAAUGCCGGGAAACUUCUUCGAAGCGCUACGACGUACGUCUACUACUUUGUGGCUCUGCUUUUAGUGGCCCAUUUUGCCAUAUUACCUCAAAGACUGUCUAAGAGGAGCAUGAAGAAGGACGGGCGAGGGAAGCAACGCGAGGACGCCAGUACCGAGGAAGGACAAUCCUUUUUGUGGCAAGAUGGGAGCAGAUCGAGAUCUGCUAGCCCGUAUGAAGAGGGUAGGGUGUUCGAGACGCUCUGCUACAUGGUUCGCUCAGAGAUGCCACCCCUUUUCUUAGCAUCCGCAGCGAUGUCUCUGACACAAUAUGGCCUUGCCAGGCUGCUCGACGGAUCGGCGUUUGAGACAUUCGCCCACUUCUAUACCACGUAUAGCACGGCUCUUCACUUGGGAAUUUGGAUCGGUCGGUGUUCGUUCAAGGUUCUUCCGUCGCGACAUCUCAGACUUCACCUGAUUGCUCUGAGCGUGUGGACGGCGCUUGCAUUCGUCAACGCCGUGUUCCUCAUCUCGACUUACCUGGCCUUUUUCCUGGUAUUCCUGAUCGGUACCGCGGCGGGAUCAGUUUACAUGAACGUCCUAGCAAGGCUAAUGGGAGAGGGAAGGGACACGGCUGGCCGGGUGGUCAGUCUUGGUUUUGUCACCGCGGGUGAUGCGGGAGGUAUCAUUGUUGGCGGUGUGAUGGGUACUGUUCUCGAGAUGGUAAUGUGCCGCUCGCUCACCAGUAGCAGACGUUGGUGUCAUAAAUACCGUUAG